AUGCGCUGGGAUGUCCAAGCUGCAAAUGAUCCUGUAGCGGAACAGCCAGCCGCAGGCCACGCGACCGCACAGUUCUACCGUUUGAUGAUAGCCAUCAACGGACAGGGGCCGGGCACCGUGGGCCUGCGCAAGGUUAUAUGCUGUACUGCUGCCGAGAUUAUUUGUAUGCUGAUUGAGUGCCAAAGGUGCAACCAAGGUUACGUUCGAGCAAUGCGGGUGCGCUCCACAAAUAUUUCGCUGUGGGUGUGCGAAGAGUGUGAAGCCACGUGGACGAGCCAGGAUGAGAAUGGGAUCCCAAGCACCAACUGCUACGCUGUUCACUCCACAAGAGGAACGCCGAUGCCCAACUCAGACCUGCUCCCUUCCCUGCUCUCCAAGUUGUACGAAAACCAGCUGGCCCUCGAAGCCUCGAUCAUGGAGCUAUCGAACUGGGUGGAGCAACGCGGCUCCGCCGACGUGGCCGAGAACAUCCGCGGCGCUCUACACACCAUUGAUGAGAACGAAGAGUUCAUCAAGCUGACCCUGGCUGUCCUCCCUAGCGCC